AUAAGGAGCCUUUUCCACAUUUCAGAGGAGAGGGUGCCUGCAGCUGCUGCUCUCUCUGUCCCUGCACAGAAUGGUUUGGACUGAGCCACAGUAAGAGGAACAGAAAGGGGCUUUUUUUCUGCUUUUGUUUUCGUUUGCACGGAGAACGCAUGAACCGUUGGCAUGUGUGCGUUAAGAGUUAUAGUGUGCCGCGCGGUGUACAGCGUCUCCAAUCCUCUGCUGAGAACCACCAUCCAGAAUGGAUCUGUAAUAUCUGCCAGAGACUGCUCCCUGGCAGGAAAUAAGAGACAAGCUUUGAGAUGGGACCUGACCCCGGAUGAUAUCCGGACCUCUACAGACGGCUUGAUAAACAGAGUAAAAGCUGUCUAUGAUGACAUCGGGUCUCUAAAGAUAGAAAAUGUUUCAGUUGAAAACACCCUGAAAGCCUUGGCUCAUGCCAAGCUGGAUUAUGCAUCAUCGCUCCAUGUGCUUGAUUUCCCCCAGUACGUCUGUCCUUCUAAAGAGGUUCGGGCAGCGAGCACAGAGGCCGACAAGAAACUGUCUGAGUUUGACGUGGAGAUUAGUAUGAGGGAAGAUGUUUUCCAGCGAAUCACAGCGCUGCAGAACAAGCUCCAAGAGAACUCUUCACCUGAAGAGAAGAGGUUCUUAGACAGACUUGUUACAUUGGGAAAGCGGAAAGGACUGCACUUGUCUAAAGAUAUGCAAGAGGAAAUAAAAAGAAAAUCCAAGCUUAUAUGUGAACUCUCCAUAGAGUUCAACCAGAAUCUGAAUGAGGACAAUACGUUUCUUGUUUUUUCUGAGAAUGAACUCGGUGGGCUUGCUGACAGCUUCCUUGAUGGACUGGACAAGACAGCAAACGGGCGGUAUAAAGUGACACUUGAAUAUCCCCAUUACUUCCCGCUGAUGAAGAGGUGUCAUAACCCUGAGACCAGGAGGAAGAUGGAAACAGCUUUUCACAGCAGGUGUAAAGACGUUAACACAGCAAUCCUGGAACAAUUGAUACAGCUGAAGGCAAAGGUUGCAGACUUACUUGGUUACACUAGCUAUGCGAACUAUGUGCUGGAGAUUAACAUGGCCAAGAAUGCAGGCAAUGUGUCUGACUUCUUAGAUACCUUCUAUGAAACACUAAAGCCCAUUGGAAUCAAAGAGAGGAAAUAUAUUCUUGCACUGAAGAAGCGUGAGUGCUUGAUGAAGGGCUUCCAGUAUGAUGGACAGAUCAAUGCCUGGGACCUACCCUACUACAUGAAUCAAGUGGAGCAGUGCAAGUUCGCUGUGAACAAAGACAAACUCAUUGAGUAUUUCCCUCUUGACGUGGUGACAGAGGGACUGUUUGGUAUCUACCAGGAGCUGCUGGGUCUCACAUUCACACAGGUGGAACACGCUAAUGUGUGGCAUGAAAAUGUGAAGCUUUAUUCUGCCCGGGACACUGAAACUGGAGAGGAGAUCGGCCAGUUCUACAUGGACUUGCAUCCGAGGGAGGGGAAGUAUGGCCAUGCAGCGUGCUUUGGACUGCAGCCCGGCUGCAGGGGACCUGAUGGAAAACGCAGGCUUCCAGUGGCGGCCAUGGUGGCUAAUUUUACCAAGCCCAGAAAAGGUUGGCCCUCCCUCCUCCAACACCAUGAGGUGGAGACUUAUUUCCACGAAUUCGGUCAUGUUAUGCAUGAGAUCUGUUCUAAGACCACUUUUUCAGAAUUCAGUGGAACCCUGGUGGAGACAGACUUUGUGGAGGUGCCGUCGCAGAUGCUUGAGAACUGGGUUUGGGAGAAGGAGCCUCUGAGGAGAAUGUCCCGCCACUACAAGGACGGCAGCCCAAUCCCAGACAAUCUGCUCGACAAACUGAUUGCAUCUAGAGUCGCCAAUACCGGACUGAUGAACCUGCGCCAGGUAGUCCUUGGUAAAGUUGAUCAGUCCCUACACAGCUGUCCAGAUGCUGAUACAGCUGAGGUGUUUGCAAAGCACUGCGAGGACAUCCUGGGUGUUCCUGCUACACCAGGUACCAAUAUGAUUGCCAGUUUCAGCCACUUGGUUGGAGGAUAUGAUGGACAGUACUACAGCUAUCUGUGGAGUGAAGUUUACUCCAUGGACAUUUAUUUUAGCCGUUUUAAAAAGGAAGGCAUUAUGAAUCCAAAGGUUGGAAAAGAGUACAGAAGGGUGAUCCUGGAAGCUGGUGGAUCUGAGGACGGCAUGGACAUGCUGAAAACCUUCCUCGGCCGUGACCCCUGCCAGGACGCCUUCUUUCAGAGCAAAGGACUGAUUAAGUCACAGAAAACACAGACUUUGUAAUUUGAUAUAUAUAUAUAUACUGUAGAACUGUUUUUUUGUCAAACUAUUUAAUAUUUUUGUACUUUUUGUAUGAAGAUUAAAAAAAGACUUUUCUUGAAGUGUAUUGAAAACUGGAUAAUUUCUACCUGCUUGCAUUUUUUCAAAUAAACUGUAAAUCAUGUAGGAUCCCCAUGAUUGCAUGUACAAUUAUGUUAGUGUUAAUAAUUACAUUUACAAUGAUUUUGUUAUAUUUAAGUGUCCUAGUAAGCCAAAGCAAAAGACACCAUGCACAAACCUAUGACCCUAUGACUAUGAAAACAAGCAGCUAAAUGUGAAUAAGUCAGCAUUCAUUUAAUUAUUAACACCAUCUGUUUUCUACUGUGACAUGUGAACAUUUCUUCUGUGAAAAAGGCAUAGUUGUGUGUGCACAGCUGCAUGUUACCAUUGUAAAAAUACAUUGUUUCUUAAUUGUUUUAA